AUGGAUCAGGUGGUGGCCUUGAAGCUCAUGUCCGUGGACCUACAGAGCCCCAGGAACAACAAGGAGCACCGCACGCAGGAGAUAAGCCUGCAGCGGCUCAUCGUGCGCCGAGGCCAGGCCUUCACGAUGCAGCUGCAGUUCAACCGACCCUUCCACUCUGGGACUGACCACCUCACCUUUGUGGCUGAGACAGGACCAGCACCCACGGAGCAUCUGGGAACCCGAGCCACCUUCCUGCUCACUGACACCCGACAAGGCAACGUCUGGAGUGCUUCUGACUUCACCAUCAAUGCCAACUCACUCUUUGUUUCCCUCUUCACACCGGCCAAUGCAGUCAUUGGUCCCUACAGUCUGAAGAUCCAGAUCUCUCAGGACCAGGGUCACAGCACGACCCACUCACUGGGGACUUUCAUCCUGCUUUUUAACCCUUGGAGUGCAGAGGACGAUGUCUACCUGCCAAGUGAAAUACUGCUGCAGGAGUAUAUCAUGAUGGACUACGGCUUUGUUUACAAGGGUCAUGAAAGAUUCGUCACCCCCUGGCCCUGGAACUACGGGCAGUUUGAAGAGGACAUCAUAGAUAUCUGCUUUGAGAUUCUGAACAAGAGCCUGUACUUCUUAGAGAACCCUGCCAAAGACUGCUCCCGGCGCAACGACGUGGUGUAUGUCUGCAGGGUGGUGACCGCAAUGAUCAAUAGCAACGACGACAGCGGCGUCCUGCAGGGAAACUGGGGAGAGGACUACUCCCAGGGGGUCAGCCCGCUGGAGUGGAAUGGCAGUGUGGCCAUCCUGCGGCAGUGGGCAGCCAGGGGCGGGCAGCCCGUCAAGUAUGGGCAGUGCUGGGUCUUCGCAGCUGUUAUGUGCACGGUAAUGAGAUGCUUAGGGGUUCCAACCCGUGUCGUUUCCAAUUUCCGUUCUGCACACAACGCAGACGCAAACUUGACCGUCGACACCUACUACGACCAAAAUGCAGAGAUGCUACCGCCUCAGAAACGAGACAAGAUAUGGAAUUUCCACGUCUGGAACGAGUGCUGGAUGAUCCGGAAAGAUCUCCCUCCAGAAUACAACGGGUGGCAGGUUCUGGACCCCACUCCCCAGCAAACCAGCAGUGGGCUGUUCCGCUGUGGCCCUGCCUCCGUGAAGGCCGUCAGGGAAGGGGAGGUCCACCUGCCCUUCGAUACCGCAUUCGUGUACGCCGAGGUGAAUGCCGAUGAAGUCGUGUGGCUGCUGGAGGAUGGCCGGGCCCGGGAAAUCUUGGCCCAUAAAACCAGCUCCAUUGGGAAGGAAAUCAGCACCAAGAUGGUAGGCUCGGACCAGCGCCAGAACAUCACCAGCUCCUACAAGUACCCAGAAGGAUCCCCCAAGGAGCGCUCUGUGUUCAUGAAGGCCUCCCAGAAAAUGCUGGGCCCGAGGGGGACCUUGUCGCCCUUCCUGGAUCUGCUGGGGUCUGGGGGCUUUGAGAACCAGCCAGCGCAGCUGCAGCUCCACCUGACCAGGACGCCCCAGUGGGGCCAGGACCUGCUGCUGAAGCUGCACGCCCGGAGGGUGACAGACAGGGCCCAUCCCCAGGGGCCCAUCCAACUGGUGGUGCGCUUCUGUGCGCAGACCCUGCUGCACAACGGUGGCACCCGGGAGCCCCUCUGGAGGCAGACAUCACACUUGACACUGGACUUUGGGGAGGUGAUAGAGUGGCCGCUCCUGCUCCCCUACAACAAUUAUAGAAACAAGCUGACGGAUGAAAAGAUGAUCCGCGUGUCUGGCAUCGCCAAGGUGGAGGGGACAGGGAGGUCCAUGCUGGUCCUAAAAGAUAUCUCUCUGGAGCCUCCUGACUUAUCUAUUGAGGUGUCUGAGAAAGCAGAGGUGGGCAAAGCAUUGAAGGUCCAUAUCUCACUCACCAAUACCCUCUCCGUGCCUCUGACCCACUGCACCAUGGUGCUGGAAGGCAGUGGACUCAUCAAUGGGCAGAUAUCAAAAGACCUUGGGACUCUGGUGGCUGGACGCACGAUCCAAAUUCAAAUGGACCUCUACCCCAUCAAAGCUGGACCCCGCCAACUGCAAGUCCUCAUCAGCAGCAAGGAGAUCAAGGAGAUCAAGGGCUAUAAGGACAUCCUUGUUGCUGCAGCCCGGGCUUCUUAAAUCUUGCCACCACCUCCUCUAGCACUCCUAGUCACCCAGCCCCUUGCCUGUCCCCUCCUGAUGCCCUUCUAGCCAACCUAGCCCUCCAGACCCACCUUGCUCACUUCUCCUCCUAAGGUUGUGAUGUUUUUCACUCCUUUUCUGGCCUCUUCCCGCCACCUGCCUGAAGAUGAAGGAAGCUCUGUACAUCUUGGGACGAGACUAUGAAAAUAGCUUUAUCACUAGUGUUUCUUCUUCUGUGCUGACAAGCUACUUAUUGCUACUGGUGAGGUAGGAGGUAGAUGGACCCCAAAACUCCUGUGGGGUCAGAAAGUGAAGGGGCACCAGGCCAUAAUCUGUCCCGAUAAUUGUGCCAGAACCCUUUGCUCUGUGUUCCUUCACAGCCAAAAUAUGCACAUGCAUAUCAGGGAGGGC